AUGUCUGAACCUCGCUAUAUAGAGCUUACGGACUUUUCAGACCCGCUGCCAUCAAAUACCAAAGAUCAUUUUGGAGGAAAGUUAACGAGACAGCAAAUCCAAUUAAUUCUUCUUCGAUUAGGUGUAAUAAGUGAUGAAGACUACCGACGAGAUAUUGGAGAUGAUCCUAUUGUUUCCAAGUCCGUUGAAUACAUUAUAUGGAAAAUCAUAGACCUCAGCGUGUUUGAUGCUGUUAGCAUCUUGAGGGAGGUAUUGGUUGAACACCAUGGUGAUGUCAACUUCCCUCGGAGUGAUUACGAAUUUAUAGAGAGGCUCGUUUCUCUUACGCCAGAUAAUUUUGAUGUCAAUAAUGCUAAUGAUAAUGAUAAUUACAACUACGAAGAAAAAUCUGAGCCAAAGAGCCGGAAACAUAAAGCAUAUUUGGACGUAAUUGACUGGAAUUUACAGGUUCGACUUGAGGCUGCAUUGAUUUCGUUUCAUUCGCCUUAUCCUGAAAUACGAGCAAUAACAGAUCCAUAUGACGAUAGUUCGAUAUCAGCUGAAACUUUCAGGGUAUAUGCUAUAGGCUUGUUUUGGACUAUCAUUGGAUCCAUUGUUAAUAAAUUUUUUGUGCAUAGAUUGCCAGCCGUUAGCUUAAGUUCUCACACGGUUCAGAUUUUGCUAAUGCCUAGCGGCAAGCUAUGGGAAAGGUACAUGCCAAAUAGAUCAGUAUCAUUUUUGGGAUAUACUGUAGAUUUAAAUCCUGGUCCUUGGACUUAUAAGGAGAUGAUGCUUGCUACUAUUAUGUACCUGUGCUCCUCUGGAUUACCAUAUCUGAUCUACAAUAUCUUUGUCAUGAAAUUAGAAAAGUUUUAUGGGCUCAAAUGGGUUAGUUGGUUGUAUCAGUUUUUGUUGGUGGUGUCAACUGAAUUUUUGGGUUUCGGAUUUUCCAUUCUAAUGAAAAAGGUAUGUGUUUAUCCCAGCAAAUCCUUAUGGCCCACAAUUUUACCAAUUAUUGCAAUAAAUAGAGCAUUGAUGAAUGAGGAGCCAAAUAACACAAUCAAUGGAUGGAGAAUAUCAAGAUAUAAGUUCUUUUUUCUCGUCCUAGUGUGCAGCUUUUUUUACAACUGGAUUCCAUCAUACUUUUUUAAUGCUCUUUCCAACUUCAAUUGGCCUACGUGGUUUGACCCGAAACUGGUUCAUUUAACAAAUGUAAGUGGAUCUAAUGAAGGUUUGGGCUUUAAUCCAUGGCCUAGUUUUGACUGGAAUAUAAUUGGAUCGGCAGGGUGCCUUACAAUUCCAUUCUACACUUAUGCUAACCAAUACUUUGGAUCACUCUUAGCAUUUUUCGUGAUAUUGGCCGUCUACUAUACCAACAAUAAGUGGACCGGAUACUUUCCAAUCAAUUCAAAUCAAUUGUACAAUAAUGAGGGAAAAGUGUAUAACGUCCGGGAUAUCUUGAACGAUAGUCAUGGUUUUGACAAGGCAAAGUACGAGCAUGUUGGUCCUCCUUAUUUUAGUGCUGCAAAUCUAGUGAUUUAUGGUGCUUACUUCUGUUUGUAUCCCUUUGCAAUUCUUUACCACCUAGUCACUGAAUGGGAAUCAAUGAAAUCAAGUUUUAUAAAUGUCUUCCAAACUCUUCAAGAUGCAUUCUCUAGGAAUCAGAAAUUUAGUGUUUUUGGAAGGUAUAGUAAGGAUCCACAUUGUCAAAUGAUGGCAAAAUAUGACGAAGUACCAGAUUGGUGGUUUUUAUCCAUAUUACUUACUAGCACCUCGUUUGCGAUUAUUUGCGUUGUAUUUUAUCCGAGUGAAACCCCUGUCUGGGGUAUAUUUUUUACAAUAUUUAUUAACUUUAUGUUUUUAAUUCCAAUUACAGCUAUUGCUUCGGUAACUGGAUUUUCAUUUGGUUUAAACGUGCUUGUGGAGCUCAUAGUUGGAUACGCAAUCCCAAACUCGGGAUUGGCAUUGAUUACUUUAAAAAGCUUUGGAUACAACAUUGACUCCCAGGCCAGUAACUAUAUCACUGAUCAAAAACUUGGACACUAUACAAAGCUACCGCCCAGAGCAGUUUUUAGGGUGCAAAUAAUUUCUACGUUUGUAAGCGUAGUUAUUGCUCUAUGUAUUGCAAACUGGCAAUUGGCUAACGUACCGAAUCUAUGCGAGCCCCAUCAAAGAAACAAGCUUAGUUGUCCGGGAGCAAAUACCUACUUUUACUCAAGUAUUCAAUAUGGCGAAAUUGGUCCUGCUAAAGUGUUUUCUGGUCUUUAUCCAGCCCUUAAGUGGUGCUUUUUAUUAGGAGUUGUUUUGGUACUCCCAUGCGUUUGGUUUAAAAGGAUUGGUCCUAAAAGAAUUACCGCAUACUUUCACCCAACAAUAAUUUUAGGUGGAUUUCUAAACUAUGCUCCUUUUAAUUUACUGUAUUUUACUGUGGGACUUUACUUCUCAUUCACAUUCAUGCAUUACAUCAAGAAUAAUUACAUGGCAUGGUGGGAGAAAUAUAAUUAUAUCCUCACCAGUGCUUUAUCAGCCGGUGUGGCCUUUAGCACACUCCUCAUGUUUUUCACCGUUGCCCUGGAUGAUAAGCAACUAGACUGGUGGGGCAACCGUGUGAGCUACCAGGGUGUAGAAAAUGGGGAAGGCAGAACUACUUGGUUAGAUGUCUCAAGUGCACCAGAUGGUUAUAUAGGCAUUCGCAAGGGCCACUUUCCCUAG